GUGCUGUGUGUGUAUCCAGUGAAAAAACACCCCAAGACGGACUGGCACAGUUUUUCUAGCCGUACCAAUGUGUGUGGCCUAUACAUAUACAGUAUUAACCCGGGCGGAAUCAUCUCAUGGACACAACACUGUGUCGAAAAUGAAGGAAUAAUCGGGAGGAGACACACGGCCGAGGCUCGUCUGUAGCUUUUUUUGUUGAGUGGGAUCACAGCUGCUGGCUACGAAAAUGUCGGGGAAAAUAGAGAGCAAGCAAGACUCGCAGCGGUCCCAUCUGUCCUCCUUCACCAUGAAACUGAUGGACAAGUUCCACUCUCCCAAGAUCAAGAGGACUCCAUCCAAGAAGGGCAAGCAGCUGCAGCCCGAGCCGGCAGCCAAGAACACCGAGAAACCUUCCAACAAGAAGGUGAGUCGGCUGGAGGAGCACGAGAAGGAUGUGGUCAGUGCUCUGCGCUACUUCAAGACCAUCGUGGAUAAGAUGGUGGUGGAGAAGAAGGUUCUGGAGAUGCUGCCCGGCUCUGCCAGCAAGGUGCUGGAGGCCAUCCUGCCUCUGGUGCAGGUGGAGGCCCGGAUCCAGCACAGUUCGGCGCUGUCUUCCUGCCAUAAUCGCGUCUAUCAGAGUCUGGCCAAUCUCAUCCGUUGGGCGGACCAGGUGAUGCUGGACGGCAUCGACCUGGAGGACAAAGAGAACGUGGCGUCGGUCACCAGCGUCAUCAAAGCCGUGCUGGAUGGAGUGAAGGAAUUGGUGAGGCUGACCAUAGAGAAACAGGAGCAGCCGUCACCCACCACCCCUAACAAACCAGCCCCACCUGCUCCCCCAGCAGAGAGCGGCGUGUCGUCGGAGCUGCCCUCCAUAGGUCUGGAGCAGGAGGUCUCUCCUCAGACGGCUCCGGCUGCUCCCCCUGCAGAGGAGGCUUCUGAAAUACCAGAGGAGGAGGUGGCCCCUCCCAAACCCCCCCUGCCUGAGGCCAAAAUGGCAGAGCUCAGCCCUCCCCCAGCUCUCCCCCCUAAGAAGCGGCAGUCGGCCCCCUCACCCACGCGGGUUGCAGUCGUGGCCCCGAUGAGUCGCGGCUCCAGUUUACCCUGCAGCGUCCACAGACAGCAGCAGGACUAUGAGCAGGAGUUCCUGCAGAGGCGGUUCUCCGGGGGGAGCCAGUCGUACGGGGGGGACUCUCCACGCCUCUCGCCCUGCAGCAGCAUGGGGAAGCUCAGCAAGUCGGACGAGCAGCUCUCCUCCAUGGAGCAGGACAGUGGUCAGUGUUCUCGUAACACCAGCUGUGAGACGCUUGACAACACAGAGAGUUACGACCCGGACUACGACUUCCUGCACCAGGACCUGUCGGCGGGGGAGAACCUGCCCCCUAUCCCAGUGGGGGGGUGCCUGAGCCCCCUGCCCGAGUCUCACAGCGAGUCCUCCUCCCCCGUCCCCGGACAGCACCCCUCACACCCCCGCUUCAGUGCCCCCCCGCCCCAGCAGCAGCCAGAAUACUGGACCCCCCAGACGCACCACCCCAACCCCCUGCUGUCGUCCCGUCUCAGUGCUCCCCCCGCCCUCCCCCAGAAGAAGCGCCGCAGCACCCCGUCGCCCUUCCCCGACGGGGGGUCCAGGGUGCUGUAUGAGCGGUACCCCUCCCAAUAUGAUAACCUAUCAGAAGAGGAGCUGCACCCCACGCCGCCGUUCCCCCUCUUCACCUCCAUCUCCCCCAUGCCACAGACAAACGGGGGGUUGUUUGUCUCCCAGUACAUCACCGGCGAGAACGCAGAUGUUCCCUCUAGCCCCCCCCCACUACCAGAGAAAAAGAGCAGACACAUCCUCCAGUACAUGCAGUUUGUGGAGGACUACUCGGAGCCGCAGCCCUCCAUGUUCUACCAGAUGCCGCAGAGCGAGAGCAUCUACGAGCAGCGCAACAAGCGCUUCCAGGAGGUGUACUGCUUCAACGACUCCUUCAGCAGCACCGACUCGGUGCACGAGCCCGUGCUGCCCCCCGCUCUGCCGCCCAAACAGAGGCAGCUGGCCUCCCACUCUUCCUCCCCCUCUUCCUCCUCCUCCUCUUCUCUCUCCUGCCACCUCCAGCCGUCUGUGGCGGCGAUGGAGGAGGCGGGCUCUGGGCUGGGCCUCAGCAUGUCCGUUUCUAACUCCUACCUGAUCGGCCAAGCUUCUUUGAACACACCCACGAGCUUGGACCAGGUUGCCUUGACCAAUGCCACCAUUCUGGAUGGCGGCGGGGGGGGCGGGCCCAACGGUUCCCUGGCCGGCUCAAUGGGCUCUGUGGCUGUCUGUCUUCCUUCUGAGUCUUCUCUUACUGACUCGCUCCACACCUCAGCGAGCGAGUGCGCAAACGACGAGGGCGGGGAGGGCGAGUACGUCAACUUGUACUCAUCCAACCAGCCCAAUGGGGAGCUGCCUCGCUCCCUCAGAGAAUCAAUCACAGCUGACGAUGUGCUCCAGGAUCCCUCCCCUCAGAUCCCCUCCACCAAUAGCAAAGAGGCUCUGGACAAGGAGAGGAGGCAGAAGUCACCAGAAUCGGCUGGCAGCGAUGAGGAGGACGUGGACGAGCUGUCCCUCAUCGACCACAAAGAGAUCAUGAGCAGGAUAACACUAAAACAAGUGAAUGACGACGGGCCUGACGUCCGUGCUGGAUCGGGAGAUAUUCUAUUAGUGCACGCCACAGAAACAGACCGCAAAGAUCUUGUUUUGUACUGUGAAGCCUUUCUGACUACGUAUAGGACUUUUAUAACCCCAGAGGACCUCAUUAAGAAGCUACACUACAGAUACACCAGGUUCUGCCACAGCCCCGACACCUUCAAGAAGAGAGUCAGCAAAAACACCUUCUUCGUGCUGGUGAGGGUGGUGGACGAGCUGUGCCUGGUGGAGCUGACGGAGGACAUCCUGAAGCAGCUGAUGGACCUGGUGUUCACGCUUGUCUGUAACGGAGAGCUCAGCCUCGCGCGGGUCCUCCGGAAGAACAUCCUGGAUAAAGUGGAGCAGAGGAAGCUGCUGCGCUACACCAACUCCCUCAAACCGCUCGCUGCCCGGGGGGUCUCUGCAAGGCCAGGGACGCUCCAUGACUUCCGCAGUCAUGAAAUCGCUGACCAGCUCACUCUCCUUGAUGCUGAGCUCUUCUAUAAGAUCGAGAUUCCCGAGGUGCUGCUCUGGGCGAAGGAGCAGAACGAGGAGAAGAGUCCCAACCUGACGCAGUUCACAGAGCACUUUAACAACAUGAGCUAUUGGGUCCGCUCUCUGAUCAUUCAGCAGGAGAAAGCCCAGGACAGAGAGAAGCUGCUUCUCAAGUUCAUUAAGAUCAUGAAGCACUUACGGAAGUUGAAUAAUUUCAACUCUUACCUGGCAAUCCUGUCCGCCCUGGACUCGGCCCCCAUCCGGAGGCUGGAGUGGCAAAAGCAGACCUCCGAGGGAUUGGAGGAGUACUGCACAUUGAUUGACAGCUCGUCGUCCUUCAGAGCGUACCGAGCUGCUCUCUCUGAGGUGGAGCCCCCCUGCAUCCCCUACCUGGGUCUCAUCCUGCAGGACCUGACCUUCGUCCACCUGGGGAACCCCGACUUCAUCGAGGGGAAGGUGAACUUCUCCAAACGCUGGCAGCAGUUUAACAUCCUGGACAGCAUGCGGCGCUUCCAGCAAGUGCAUUAUGAUCUGAAGCGCAACGAGGACAUUGUGUGCUUCUUCAACGACUUCAGCGACCACCUGGCGGAGGAGGCGCUGUGGGAGCUGUCGCAGAAGAUCAAACCCAGGAACAUCACCAGGCGCAAGACGGAGCGUGAGGAGAAGACCUAGGGCCCCCGGGGGCCGGCCAAACUGACCUCCAACUGUGCUUCAUAACACUAACUCCACUUUACUACAGACUGAGAGACAGAGACGAAUGGAAGCUAAUGGGAGACUCAUUGCAGGGGGAUGCAGAACAAACUACAGAAGCGUGGCGGAGGUUUACAGAGAGCUGCUGCUCGGGGAGAUUAUAAAUUGGGAUUACUGUGACUCUGACGGGGAGAGAUUCAGAGAGGAAGCCGAGGAGGGGUCACACAGAGCGGACAGGGAGACGGAAAUAACCAAAGUCUGCUCCCUGGGCUCUCUGUCUUCGUGAGAAUGAGCUGUCCAUUUCUCUCCCGAGAUUCUCCUUCCUCUUCCUUUUAUGUAUGUGCCAUUUGUCGGUCAUCUUCUGCAUUGACUUAUGAGUUUCCCCUCAAAACAGCGGACCCUCGAGAGCAGAGAACUGGGACAGUCCGCUGGGGGGGGGGAUCUAAACUCAGAGAGGAUGACCAUCACAGACUGGAACCUGAGUUUUUGGAAACAUUUUGUGUAAGAAUCAUGUAUGGUUAUGAUAUGUAUUAUAUACAGUGCUCCUUUUGUUCUUAAAAAGGAUGUUUAUGCUUAUGAGAAGAGCUUAGCUUCUCCCAAAGUGCCAUACGUAUGUGCACUCAAAAAAGCAAAGCAAAAACCACAAAAAAGUCAAACUUACUAAAGAUGCUGUGAUCUAUGUAAUGUCAUACUGAAAUCAUGGUGUGCCGUGCUCACGUGUAGAGAACCAUCCGGCAGUCACAAUCAUGUCCCGGUCACGUUGGUGUGUGAAAGUGUUCGUGUGCGACUGAAGUCCUCGUGACUUGUUUGUUUGUCAUUCAAAAAUGUGCUGUAGUAAAUCAUUUGGAUUCCUUUUUUGGGAUAAUGGUGGAAAACCCAACACAUCACACUGUGCUCUCAAACUCCAAUAAAACAAACAGCUUUGUUUCUAUA